AUGUCAAAAGCAGAGUUGGACACGAAUACACAAGGCUACCAUCAUCGAGCGAUGAAGGAUCACCAUUCUGAAGAGGUAGCAAUGACGGAGACCGCUCAUCACCUGGGAGAUCUUGUUCUUGAAGUUGAGGAUAUUCUCACGUUGUUGGAUCCUAGGACAACCGGUGCAGCUCAUCAAAUUGCGUGGGACAAUUUGGUUUCCCACUUGUUACACUACAAGAUGAUGAAAGCGUGUUCAUGUACCGGCCAGGCAGAGGUACUGAAUCGAGGAACCAAGCGUUGUACCAAAGAGUUACAACAAAGCAUCACCACCAUCGCCCAACAACCGACCCCGAAGAAAAAGCCGAAACAAUGCCGCUUGCCGCGCUCGUACCGACCCAGAAUCAGAACCGCCAACACCAACACCUCCGGUAACUCGGACUCAAUCUCCCCAACAACCAAACAAACCUUCAAUCACAGUAGUAGUACGUCCCCCCAGUCUCCAAUCCCUCCAACCCCUCGACAAACACCUUCAACCUCCAUAUCUACGCAAUCCCACCCUUCCCACAUCCGCAAGCUCACCCUCCGCACCCGUGGUCUCAUCCCCCUCCCUUCCUCUCUCUCGUCUAUUACGUCUGAUCACACCCACCUUUCCCCUACAUCCCACGCCCUCCUCUUGAAAAAAGCUUCCAGCCUUUCUCAAUAUGAACCCCUCGUGCUCCCCCGCUCCUUUCGACGACAUAAAGCCCACACGGUAGAUACCACUCUAGCGUUUGCGCAAUCGGAAGCUGGAACGGCGUUCUGUAUCAGAGAGGAUGGCUUGUUGUUGACGGCGGCGCAUUGUGUGGUUGAGACGGUGCAGACGGUGGGCAGAUUGUUUUGGUUGGUUAUGCCGGCGCCGGCGGAGGAGGAGAACUACUCGGGUUCAACAUUACGAGGAGGAGGGUGUAGGAGAGGAGGUUCGAAUAUCCCUCCCAAGUCAAGGUCAAGGAUCGUAGGUGCUAGGUGUAUAGCGUGGGAUUUGGGAAGGGAUUUGGCGCUUUUGAAGAUUACGCAUGCUCAAGCCCUAGACGAGGGUUUAGCAAUCGGCCAUCCAGCCGACGAACACCCAGACGAUCCGCCAGGCGUUAAGGCGUACGGGUCAGAACACCGUCGGGUCUUGCAGCUGUCUUCGGGACGAUACCUCGGGAUUGCGCCGGACAAGGUAGGCAACCCGCAGGAUAACUCUGACACAGGCGCGAUGCAGCAUGAUUGCUGGACGUAUUGGGGGCAUAGCGGCGGGCCGAUCUUUGAGCAGAACACUGGAGUGCUGGUGGGCGUACAUGUGGAUUGGAACCCGGAAGAGCCAUUGGUGAAGAGAGCGGUGCCGUGGGUGGCUGUGGAGGCGUUUUUGGAAGAGAACGGGUUUUGGAGUUGA